AUGCACUCAUACUGGUGCAGCCCACCGCUCGGAGAGGGAGGCUGGCCUUUGCCGCAGCCCCGCACCUACACCUGCCUGCCCGUCCCUCUGCUGCUGCCCCCCAUCCAGGCGCACAACUUCUGCAGCCGGCCCAGCAGCCUGGGCGCGGGCGAGUGGACGGCCCCUCGUGAAUACCACUAUUUCUAUGGCUCCACCGCCGCCGCCGUCCCACCCUGGUGGUUCUUCCCGUCCGCCUACGCCGCGGCCCUACCCCCGCCGCCCGCCGGCGUUCUGGGGCCGUCGCUGCAGACCGAACCAGAGGCUACGGAGAGCUGGGCGCCGUGGCCCGAAGGCAGCAGCCUCCAGGUAGAGCUGCGCUGGGGCCGCGUGGAGCGAGCGCUGGGCCGGCGCCUCCAGCUGCCCGACUUCGUGCGCCGCGAGCUGCGCCGCGUGUACGGCACGUACCCACGCACCGACGCGCGCGUCACUUACCGCCGCGGCGAGUUCCUGCUGCAGGGGUUGCCGCGCGUCCUCGAGCCCGAGUACCACGUGGAGAGGCGCGUGGUGCGUCGCCCCGACAGUGGCGGGAGCGGCGACGGUGCCCCGGAGGGGGAAGCCCAGGAGCUUCGUCGUCGUCGCUCCAAGAAGAAAGGGCUGAACUGA